UUUCCCCUUUCCUCCUGGCCAAUUCCAAUUCUCUCCCUUUUCCAGAUAUCCGGUGUCGGUGUGCGCAUCUGUCCAUUUUCUUGUCCGCCACUCCCUCACCGCGCCAUCUGUCGUAGUCGAUCCUCUUGUUUUCCCUUUAUUAGCACCAAGAGUCUUGGGUCUCCCCAUCUUUUCAUCCCCUUGCACGCUUUAGGCGGACUUGUGUUGAGUUGCUUUCUACUUCCGCUGCUCCCAAGAAAGGGACAAGAAAGAUUUUUCUUGGCAAUGUCGGAACCCCAAGACACCACGACGGCCCCUUCGACGACUGCCGCUCCUAUGCCUACCUCAACUUCCCAGGAUUCUCCUUCAGCUCAGCAACCUGCUCAGGUAUCCUCUGCGACCGCUGCUUCUGCGGCCGCGACGGCUGCGGCUGCCUCGGCUGCCGUGGCAAAUCCCCCCAUGAACGGCACCACCACUCGUCCUUCUGAGGAGUUGUCCUGCCUGUGGCAGGGUUGCUCGGAGAAGUGCCCUUCCCCUGAAGCUCUUUAUGAACAUGUGUGCGAGCGUCACGUCGGCCGCAAGAGCACAAACAACCUCAACCUGACCUGCCAAUGGGGCAGCUGUCGCACUACCACUGUCAAGCGCGACCACAUCACCUCUCACAUCCGCGUGCAUGUACCGCUUAAACCACACAAGUGUGAUUUCUGCGGGAAAGCCUUCAAGCGCCCCCAGGAUUUGAAGAAGCACGUCAAGACCCAUGCCGACGAUUCAGUUCUGGUCCGGUCGCCGGAGCCUGGAGCCCGGAAUCCGGACAUGAUGUUCGGUGGAGGUGCCAAGGGCUAUGCGACCGCUACGCACUAUUUUGAGCCCGCGUUGAACGCGGUCCCCAGCCAGGGCUAUGCGCAUGGCGCUCCCCAGUAUUACCAAUCGCACCCUCCCCCUCAGCCUGCCAACCCUUCCUACGGAAAUGUCUACUACGCCCUGAACCACGGCCCAGAGGCUACCCACGCUUCUUAUGAAUCCAAGAAGCGCGGCUACGAUGCCCUGAAUGAGUUCUUUGGCGACCUGAAACGGCGUCAGUUCGACCCGAACUCCUAUGCUGCUGUCGGCCAGCGUCUGCUGGGCUUGCAGAGCCUGUCGCUCCCUGUGUUGAGCAGCGGGCCCCUGCCUGAGUACCAGCCGAUGCCUGCGCCAGUGGCCGUUGGUGGUGGCGGAUACAGCCCCGGGGGUGCUCCCUCCGCACCGGCCUACCACCUGCCGCCCAUGAGUAACGUGCGGACCAAGAACGAUCUGAUCAAUAUUGAUCAGUUCCUGCAGCAGAUGCAGGAUACUAUAUAUGAGAACGACGACAAUGUGGCUGCUGCGGGUGUUGCCCAGCCGGGCGCUCAUUACGUUCAUGGUGGCAUGAGCUACCGCACCACCCACUCGCCUCCUACCCAGUUGCCGCCCAGCCAUGCGACAGCAACCAGCUCUGCCUCAAUGAUGCCAAACCCAGCCACCCACUCGCCUUCCACAGGCACUCCCGCCCUCACGCCGCCGUCCAGCGCUCAGUCGUACACCUCCGGUCGCUCACCCGUUUCCUUGCCAUCGGCGACAAGGGUCUCGCCGCCUCACCAUGAAGGAGGCAGCAUGUACCCUCGUCUGCCGUCCGCUACAAUGGCUGACAGCAUGGCGGCUGGGUACCCGACCGCUUCGAGUACCGCGCCGCCGUCUACCCUCGGGGGCAUCUUCGACCACGAUGAUCGCCGCCGGUACACGGGUGGCACGCUGCAGCGCGCUCGUCCAGAGACUCGUCAGCUGAGCGAGGAGAUGGAUCUUACCCAGGACAGCAAGGAUGAGGGUGAACGUACUCCUAAGGCCAAGGAGCACUCUUCGCCAUCCUCACCCGAGCGCAUCUCUGCUAGCUUGAUCGACCCGGCUCUUUCGGGCACUGCCGCGGAAGCUGAGGCAACCCUGCGGACCGCCCAGGCGGCGACGGAGGUGGCCGAGCGGGCAGAUGUACAGUGGGUGGAGAAGGUGCGGCUGAUUGAGUAUCUGCGCAACUACAUUGCUUCCCGGCUGGAACGGGGCGAAUUUGAGAACCAGGAGGCUGGCGGCGGCAACGGCAGCAGCAGCAGCAGCAACAGCAGCACUCAUGAGCAGACACCAGAGGCCAACCCAGAUACCCAUAUGGAGGGAGUGGAAACCGAGGCUCCAAGUAAGGCCGAGGAAUCGGCUGUGAAGCCGGAGACAGGUGAUGUGGUGAUGUACCCGACACUACGGGGGGUAGAUGAAGAUGGCGAUUCGAAGAUGCCUUAGCUUGUUUGCUGGACAAUAUUUUCUUUCUCUCUGGGCUUAUAUUCUGUUAUAUUUGAUUCUUCCGGAGCGAGUACUUCCGG